AUGAAGAUCCAGCCCAUUUAUUUUGUAAUAUUCUUGGCAACAGCCUCCGCCUAUAUCGUCGAGACUCCAGGCAGCCACGAAUCGCCACUCAAGUUGGGAGACCAAAAACAGACAAACAAGGUAGUCCCCAGUCCAGAUGAUUUGAAAACUGUAGCCUCCCAAGGAAUGCUGGGAGGAACCAGCGAUCUGAUGAAACGAUUGAGUUUGGGUAGCGAUUAUGCUGUGGCUACUAGUCAUCUUGAAGAAGCCGAAGUACCUGCAGUGGCCGAAGUGGAACAAGACAGCGAGGUUGAUAUAAUGGCACUACUCGAGUCAAUCAAGCAGCUUGAAGAGGAGAUGAAAGAGAUUAUUUCCAAGGAAGAAAUGGAAUCUCUCCAAGAACAAAUCAAGCCAACAAAAACAAUGGCAGUGACCGAAGCAAUGGACGAAGCUCCCGAGGUAAAGGUUGCUGAAAUGGAAGCAAAAAUGAAUGUCAAACUGACGAUUGUUGAAGACGAAGAGGAGGAGGCAGACGUGCCAGAACUUGAGGUGGAAGCUGGAGAAGACAUCGUUCGUAUUGCAAUGGAAUGUGAUGAAGCCGAGGAGGAGAACAUUUCGCCUACUAAUUUGGAAGCAGAAGAAGUUGCUCCAACUAUGGUAGGAGGAGCAGAAGAGUCAGUCCAAAAAUCUAUCGAGGAACCACUUCCAUAUUCUUCCUACAGCAGAGAGCAGAUGGAAGUAUUUUCCGCCGUGGAUGACUUCUCGGCCAAGUUUGACGAGAAAUUGCCCCGGCGCCUAGUUUCCAAUUUCCGUUUGGACCAAGAUGGUCGUCGAGUGAAUUCCAUGCGCCCUGCCUUUGUGGCCCGAGCGGAGGACCCCAAUACACAAGCCACCGACGAGGCCCCUUCGGCCACUGGUCAUGAAAGCUUUGAUAUUGGAGAAAGUGCAAUACAACACAGCCCACCACCUACUACAUGGCGUGUUGGUGGAUAUCUUCCCGAAGAGUAUUCUUGUGAUAACUGGUUCGAUACCAAGUCGAAAGUCACUGCUGCUGUAUAUGGCAAGAAGGAAAAAACUAGAGCGCUUUCCAAUGCGUCAACGCAAGCUGCAUCUAUUACUGCAGUAUCCCAACCUGCGUCAAACUGGUUUGACAACCAAUCCAAGGUAACGGAAGCCAUUUAUGGCAACCCGAAGAAGACUGAAAAUGAUUUCAGUGAUCCUGCAUUGCAAGAGAGGAAUCGCAAUGCCGUGACUGGGAAGAUUGCUUACUUUUCCAACCGCUAUUCCUACGACAACUGGCACGAUAACCCAACAUCAAACAAUCUCUUCAUGAGGGAGGGCCAUAUCGAAUAA